GUCUACAUCCGGAAUUAAAGACUUCAGAAACAAAAGCUAUUUAUCUAGAUCUAGUCUAGGUCUAAUUCUAAAAUCACUAGAUUUAUUGACAAGUAGCGUGUUAGAUAGAUAGAUAGAUAGAUAGAUAGAUAGACAGAUAGAUAGAUAGAUAGAUAGAUAGAUAGAUAGAUAGAUAGAUAGAUAGAUAGAUAGAUAGAUAGAUAGAUAGAUAGAUAGAUAGAUAGAUAGAUAGAUAGAUAACCUCUACACUUUGACAUAUAAAUCUACAUUGUAUGACAGAUAGAUUUGAACUAAGAAAUGAUUUCACUGUGGAUACUUCAAAUACUUUUCUCCGCCUUCCAGUUUCCUAUGACAGAUCAAUGUCCUAAACUCAAUCUACCUAGAGGAACUGUAAGAAUGAGGAAUAAAAUCCAUGCAAGGUUUACCUGUGACACUGGCCUACAAAUAUUUGGGGAUGAGUUUGCAACAUGCAUCAACGGAAUUUGGAGUGAUCCCCCGCCCUUCUGUUUUGCAAACAACUGUACCGCCCCUGUACUGACGGAUACCAACAUGAGAAUCGAGACAUAUUUCGGCGGUGGACUGCUCCAGUUUAACUGCGCCCCUGGCUUUGUGAGAGACGGCCCUGAAAAGCAUUUGUGUGAUGGUCAGAAAUGGAUACCGGAGCCCCAAACCAAGUGCAAAGCUGGGAUAAAUAAUAAAUGCGACUUUGAGGACGGCCUCUGUGGAUGGACGGACGAUUAUUCAGACGAUUUCGAUUGGACUAGAACCAAGGGCGACAUGCAUACAAAACAAACAGGACCCUCAUUUGACCAUACAAAAGGAGAUGAAUCGGAGUCGAGUGACCCAAAGAGACAAUGGAAAAAGGCCAGAUUUCUCUCUCCUUUCUACCCCAAGUCGUUAAAGACGGACAAAUGUUUUGAGUUUUACUACCACAUGUAUGGAGAGAAUGUUACUACUGGUUUCGGAAGCCUUGAAGUGUUUCUAAGACCACAAUAUGCAAAAACUUCUUCUCUGGGCGUCAGGAACCGAAUAUUUUAUAAGUACGGCAAUCAGGGGGACCAGUGGAUUAGGGCGUAUAGAGUCCUUCCUAUACAAAGUAAACCAUUUCAGAUUGUCUUUCAAUUCACAAUGUCAACAAGUUGGUUUCAGGACACUGCUAUUGAUGAUAUACGUAUAGACUACUGUUCCAAUUUUGCAGCUCCUAUAACAGAUCAUGUGGCAACAGCAGUAACUAAUCCCAAACCAUCGUCCAACAAGACCGCUCACCCUGAGGAGAUUUUCACAACCACUGCCGAGUCACGAGAUUAUGAUGCCUUAAAUGUUUCAAAGUCGAAUGCAACAAAUCAGGCACAUGUGACGCUUUCCGGAACGUCUGCAAAGGCUACCACCAAUAUGUCUUCCUUGGCGCAUGUGGCUCUCAGUAACACCAAUACAUAUUUCAUCAACAAAGAUAACUCGUUUACGCUGAGGACACUGACUUUACUUGGGCUGAAAAUAGUAAUAUCGGCAGUCGUUGGGUCUGUGAUUUAUAUCACAGCAAACGUGUUUUACUCGAUACCGAAAAGAAAAAACAGAAUGAAAAACGAUAUGCUGACGCUACCCGAGAAAAGUAACAUCAAAUAAAUUAGUUGUCAAAGAAAUAAUCGACGAAGAAGCAAACGUUUGGGUGUCAUUCUUCAAUAAAUUAUCGUGUUGGAAUUAAGAAAAUAAACUUGUCGUUUUAUUUUUAGCGGCCCCCGUAAGGGGAAAAAGCCGCUAUUAGGUUUGUGCAAAAUGUCCGUCUGUCCGUCUGUCACACUCAGAUCUCGAAAACUAGAAGAGAUAUGAAAAAGAUUAUUUCAUCAUUAAAUGCGGCUUCAAAAGUUUAGGUGCAACGGCUACUUUUGGUUUUCUAAAAGCAAACCGUUUAAUUUAUAAAAUUAAUUAUGCAAGCGAUUUUUUCAUAAAAAAACACCAAUUUUAAAACAAUUACGUAAAUGUAAGGGAGGCAAUGUUACAAUAUGCUAACAAAGAUGGACAAAUUUUGUGUAUUUUCAGUAUCACAAAGUCAAAUAUAUUUUUAAAAUGUACAGGAAAUGUUUACAACAAAUAUAAAUAAUAGUUAAAGAUGUUUUUUCUGGUCAACUAGCUGCUAAAAUUAAAAGAAAACAUUUCUGUUUGUUUAUAAAGGCUAAUAAUGCACUUUGUAUGUAAAUAUCACGCACAUUUUUUUAAAUGAACUUUUUAUGCAGCGAUUUUCGUGCAGUAGCGUAACGUCGCAACAUGAUCAGGUGCUAAACCAAUUCCUUAAACUUUUUUUUUUUAAAUCAGAUUUUAUUUUUUUUUUUGUUUAGUGCCCCCAUCCGAAUAAAAGAAGAUUAUUUUUGUGCGUUUUGUCUGUUGGUCGGUCUGUCCGUCACGAUUAGAUUAAAAAAAAACUAGAACUCUAAAAGCUAUUGAAAAUCUGAUUUACCCUUUAAUGUUCCUCCCGUAACAUCUCAAUAGUUUUAAGUAUCUAAAAAUUGAUUGUUCCGGAUUUUUUUUUUUUGCAAAACUAAUCAACCCCAACAAAUGUUUGUUUGCUCUUCUAAUUUAUAUUGCAUUCAAUUUCCAUUUCUAAACGUUGCAAAAACACAUUAUCAUUAAUAUGUUGUUCCGUUUUUUAUGUGACUUAUAUUUCAUUAAGUGUAAAAAUGUUCCGGAUAUUGUUUUAUAAAACAUGAAUUAUGCCUAAUGAUUGUUUGAAAUCGCAUAAUUUACUAAUAUUACACUUAUAUUAUUUGACAAUGCGUCACUAUAAUUUGGUUAUCAAUAUCAAAUUGUUCCGUAUUUUCAUUCUUAAACAAAUUUUAAAAAUAUCGACAAUAGGUUGUUCAGGGCUUUAAAAAAAAGUAAUUUACUAGAAUUGAUUACUGAAAAUUACUUUUUAGACAUUUAAUUUUCUUGCUGAAACAUAACAUAGAAGUUUUGUAAUCGAUAAAGAAUGUUCUGGAUUUUGUUUCUUACAAAUCGUCGCCAGAAAUUUAAGAAUUUAUUUAAAAAUCUACUAACGCAAAAUAAUUGUUUUAACUUCUCUCUUCUAAUUAAUAAACAAAUAAUCUUCUCAUUUACGAAAUAAUGUUUUUUCGGAUUUUUAUGAAAAAUAUUUAAACUCACUACUCUCUUACAGUACAUUUAACUUUCUACCUAAAACAUUAAAAAAUCUAAUUAUCGUUAAUAUUAUAUUCCGAUUUUUAAGGAAAACAGAAUCCAAACACCAAAGUAAGGUAUGAAAAUCUCUCCACAUGGCUGUAGUACAUCUAAUUUUUAUACGAGACCAUCCACAAAAUUUAAUUAACGGUAUUACAUUUAUCUGAAAUUCUCUUUUUCUUUUACUAUUUAUACAAACAUCCGGAACAAUCUAUUAUAUAAACUUUUCAAUUGUGUUCAUACCUAAAAAUUAUUGCGAUGUUUUGAAACGUAAAAUAAAGGUUAAUCAAUUUUUAAUAACUUUUAGUUGUUGUUUUUUUUAUAUCAAGAUGACGGACAGACCAACUGACAGACAAAAUGCAAAAAACAAUGCGGCUUUGAUUCUCUUUAAAUAAAUUCUAUUAGAACUGAGUCCACCAAUGUAUAUGAACCCUCGUCAAAUAUCUCGUGUAAAAAAAAGACAUUUUUUUAGGGUACCGGUACUAGCCUAUUGUGAGGUAAUGGAAUUUUUUUUCUUUGACGUCAUAUGAAUGGACUCUUUAAUUUAAAUGUAAUGUUAAAAGAACGCACUUGGUGCACCAAUGUCUAUGAACACUCGAUAAAUGGCUCGUAUUGAUGAAGGUAAUUUUAAGUCUAGCUAGGCCGUGUGACGUAGUGUUUUUUUUUUCCUUUGACGUCAUAUGGAAUGAAUUCUUUAUAAGAAAUGCUAAAAGAACGCACUCGGUGCACCAAUAUCUAUGAACACUCGAUAAAUGGCUCGUAAUGAUGAAGGCGAUUUUUAUUCUAGCUAGGCCGUGUGACGUAGUGUUUUUUUUUUCCUUUGACGUCAUAUGGAAUGAAUUCUUUAAAUGAAAUGCUUAAAGAACGCACUCGGUGCACCAUUGUCUAUGAACACUCGAUAAAUGGCUCGUAUUGAUGAAUGCGGUUUUUAGUCUAGCUAGGCCGUGUGACGUAGUGUUUUUUCCCUCUGACGUUAUAUGGAAUUAAUUCGUAAAAUGC